AUGUACAGCGCUAAGGCUCUGAUUCUUUGCGCCGUCGCCGUCUAUCAGACGGUGACACUUUCGAAUGCAGCAGGAUGUUCAACAAAAGCAGAUGUAACAUUCGUUUUAGAUUCCUCAGAUACAGUCGGACAAACAAACUUUGCAAAACAGUUAAACUUUGUUAAAAAUACAGUGAACAAUUUAGAUGUAGGUGGAGACAAAGUGCGCGUUAGUACUGUGACGUUUAGUUCAGGUGUGCAUAAUCAGUUUUUCUUGAACAAUUAUGCCACUAAAGCAGACGUUAUGAAUGCCAUUUCUGGCAUCAAGUAUCUACCAGGAAACACAGAUACUGGUGAUGCUAUCAAAUACGUCACACAAACAACAUAUACUCCACAACACGGCUCCAGGAGCGGAGUACCACAUAUCAUGGUUCUCGUCACCGAUGGACCGUCAGUAACUAAGGAUAUAACAAAGUUAAGAGCGCAAACCGCCAAAGAUAACGGCGUUAUCGUCUAUACUGUUGGUGUUGGAGGUGGAUUUGAUAGAGAUGAAUUGAAAUCAGUCUCCAGCAAUCCAGACUCCCGUUAUUUCCUAACGGCCGAUAACUUCGAUUCCCUUAACAGCUUGUCAGAGCUUCUGGCAACUAAAGUAUGCAACGAGGUACCAGAUCGUAGUAUGCUGCCAACAUCAACAGGUUGCUUACAAAAAGCUGACCUCGUCUUUAUGAUAGAUUCGUCAAAUACAGUUGGUGCACUCAAUCUAGAGAAAACAGAAAACUUUAUUAAAAACUUCGUCACGAAAUUAAAUGUUAGCAAGGAUGGUGUUCAUGUAGGCAUUGAGCAAUAUGGCAGCCGUCCUUCGGCUGAGUUCCCUCUGCGCAUGUACAACAAUAGAUACGAUGUAUUAAAAGCAAUCCACGGAAUGCAGAUAAUGGGAGGUGGAACCAACACCGGCGAUGCUAUUGAAUUUGCUAAAACCACGAUGUUCUCUCCAGCAGCAGGUGCUAGAUCAAACGUUCCAAGAAUCGCCAUUAUGGUAACUGAUGGUGGUACUUCAGAAACAGCCGCGGCCAUCGCUGAAGCUGACAAAGCAAGGGCUGCUAAUAUCGGCUUAAUUGGAGUCGGUGUCGGUGGUCUUGUCAACAUGCAGGAACUAAACGGGGUUGCCAAUCAGCCAUCAGCAAGUCACGUGAUCACAGUCAGCAACUAUGACCAGUUAGAAACAAUUUCUAAUCAGCUCAUGACAAUGGCAUGUGGUGUUCGAACAAAUAUUAACUUUUCAACAAACCAAACUGAAUGCAGAGAUAAAGUAAACAAUUGUCACGAGUAUGGAUCCAACGUGUGCAGUCAGUACAAAGUAUGGGCAUCAGAAAAUUGCCAGGCAUAUUGUCAGACAUGUAAAUUCCAAUACACUGUAACGGAAACAUGCACAGAUGCUGUAGGAAAUUGCGCCAGCUAUGGAAAAAGCGCGUGUACGCAAUUCAAACAAUGGGCCCAAGACAACUGCAAACAAUCUUGUGGAUUUUGCACUGCUUCAGCAGUGACAGGUGGAUUCUAUAACAGAUGUGCAUACAAAGGAAAAUCGUACAGUCCCGGACAGAAAUGGAAUGAUGGCUGUGAUUAUGAAUGUGUAUGUCAAGAUGGAGCCACUGGACGUUACCAAUGUUAUAAUAGGUGCCCUGUGUACUACAACCUACCAUCAUUGUGUACCCUUGUUAGAAAGCCAGGAGAAUGUUGUUUACAACCUGUCUGUAAUUUUAAUCCAUCUAUUCAGAAAUUUGAAUCAGCAGGGAAAGGACAAAACCAGCAAGGAAUUGAUGUCUGUGUAUACAAGGGAAAACAAUAUUACCAAGACCAGAGUUGGACUGAUGGAUGUGACUACCAGUGCACAUGUACUAAUUCUAAAACAGGUCUCUACCAGUGUGAACAAUUAUGUCCAUCAUAUUCUGUUCUCCCCCAGAUCUGUCAUUUAGAACAGACACCAGGACAAUGUUGUAAGAAACCAGUAUGUGAAUUUACACAACAGGCUGGUACCUUCUCUGGUAACGGAAUGAUCAGUGGAAAUGGAACCAGCAUGCAGGCACCAUUCUCUACUGGACCCUGUGUUGAUUUGGUAACUUGCUCUACAUAUGGAAAUAAUGUGUGUACACAGUAUAAAGAUUGGGCCAUGAAAAACUGCAGGAAGACAUGUAACUUAUGUCCAAGCACACAAACUUCAGGAACAAACGAUCGUUGUGUAUACAAAGGAACAUCAUAUAAACAGGGACAAGUUUGGUCCCCAAAAUGUGACGAGAGAUGUUCCUGUGAAAAUGCCAGAUAUGGUUAUUAUAGAUGUGUCAACACGUGUCCCACAUACACAAAUUUACCAUCAGGAUGUAAUCGUAUAACACCAAACGGUGCAUGUUGUCAAAAGAUACAGUGUACAAAUGGAGUGUUUCUGACGUCUGCUACAAACAGCUUUUCUCUUGGAGGUGGAGGUGGAAUUCAAAUCAUCAAUCAAAAUCCAAAUUUGUUCCCCAUACCCACAAUACCUGGACAGCAACAAGGAGGUUCAGGAACAGGAAUUAUGCCACCAACAAUUGCGGGAUGUCUUUAUGAUGGACAAGUCUAUUCACAAAAUCAGGCAUGGAUGGUUGGAUGUUCCAAAUACUGUGUUUGUGUAGAUGCUUCCAAAGGCCAAUUGUCAUGCAGGGAAAGAUGUCCAAAAUACACAAACAUGUCACCAACCUGUGUAAUGAGCACCGACCUAAAUGAUCCUUGCUGUACUGCUCCAAAAUGUACCUACGAUGCAAAUCUUGGUAAAGUACCUCAACCAUUACCAACGUUUGGAAAGUCUUCACUGACAUACUCAGUUGUCUCCCCUAAGACUGGAGCAACCCAAAACAUGGGAUAUACUAAUGCACAUAUUCCCUUGAUAAACACAGUUCCCACACCUCAACCGCCCACUGUUGAUCCUGGAAAAUUGUCUGCUGGAGGAUUCUGUGAUUAUAAUGGUAAACGUUACAACGUAGGAGAGACUUGGGAGGUUGGCUGUCAGUAUAACUGUAUAUGUGAUGACGGUAUAACAGGUCAUUACAAAUGUGUAGAAAAGUGUGUCCACUAUACAAAUUUGCCACCAAAAUGCUAUCUUCUUCAAGAUCCAUUAAAUCCAUGUUGUAAAAAACCUGAAUGUCCAGUUGAUCCACAAUAUGAAAUUAUCACAGGAGUAAGGACAACACCAUCAUCCAAACAGGGAGUAUGUACUUACAAAGAACAAUACUACCAACAAGGACAAACUUGGUAUGAUGGUUGUAGUUACAGAUGUACCUGUGAAGAUGCUGAGAACGGCAUUUACAGAUGUCUAAGUCGAUGUCCAGAGUAUCCAUUUAGUUCUGAUUCGAAAUGUAAUCUGAUCGCCGAUCCUCGUGACCCAACAUGCUGUCAAAUGAGAGUCUGUUUAAAUGAGACUUCAGGAACGCAGUCACCAAAUCCAACUCCUGCUAUAGUACCACCUGCAAAAUAUCAGGGAAUAGAGACUGGUAUCAAUGGUAAAAGUAAUGUAUGUAUAUACAAAGGUCAGGCAUACAAACAAGGGGCUAUCUGGGAAGAUGGUUGUGAUUAUACAUGUACAUGUGAAGAUGAAUUAAAGGGAGUGUACUCUUGUACAGACAGGUGUCCAGUUUACAUCAAUCUACAACCUGGUUGUGAGAUGGUCAGAGACUUCAGUAAUCCAUGUUGUAAGAAACCCCAGUGUACAGUUACUGGACCCCCACCUACACGUAUCUACUAUAAUGUAACAAAUCUUCCACCAACACUGGCACCUCAAUUACAGUUUUGUGUAUACAAGGGAGUACGCUACUUACAAGGCCAGGAAUGGGACGAUGGAUGUAGUUUCAAAUGUAGAUGUGAUGACUCAAGCAGAGGAAUAUACACUUGUAAUCAAAGAUGUGCUGCAAUUGAAGCAAAUAUUCAACCUGGAUGUACCCUGAAAACAGAUCCUAGAGAUGCUUGUUGUCUGGCCCAGGUCUGUACAGAAGUUACUCCAACACCAGCUCCAGGAUCAACCAAUGGACCAACACAGGUGCCAACACUGAAGCCAAAUCUGUUCACUGGACAGGUCUAUAUACCAACCCCAUCACGUAUACCUGGACAACCAAUACCAACUCCUGCUAAACUAGGUGUCUGCAUAUACAAAGGUCGUCAGUAUUCUCAAGGUCAAAAAUUUGAUGAUGGAUGUGACUUUGAUUGUGUUUGUUUCAAUGCAAAUGAAGGAAAAUACAGAUGUUCUCCAAAAUGCCCAGUCUAUACAGAUAUCCCCACAAGCUGCAGAUUAGUCAAAAACCCAAGAAAACCAUGUUGUCAAAUACCUGAAUGUUAUAGUAUAGCAACGCAAACUCCAACUCCUGGUGUUGUCACACUAAGUCCAAAACCAUACACUGGCCCAGUAACACCAACCCCAACACCAAGUGGGACACCAACACCACAACCAAAACCAACACAGCCAACAAAUGUGUGUGUUUACAAAGGUGUUCCCUAUACACAAGGUCAGAAAUGGUUUGAUGGAUGUGAUUUCUCUUGUGUAUGUGAAGAUGGAUCAACUGGAGUAUAUAGAUGCAAUAAUAGAUGUCCCCAAUACAUGCAGUCUGACUCAAGCUGUUCUAUGCAGCCUGAUCCAAAGGACCCACUAUGUUGUAAAGUACCAGUUUGUACCCCAAGACCAGAUCAGACCACACCUCAAUACCAGACAAUUCCAACCAGGGUAAUUGAUGGUGGUCUUGGAACUGUGACACCAUCACCCAGACCUAAUGUGAAACCAAAACCUGAUGUAAAUGUCACACCUGUAAAGGAAUUUACACCUUACCCAUUACCUACGCUACAAACUCCAUCAACAGAGAUGAUGACAGAUCCAACACCUUCCCAGAAACCAUUAUAUCUACCCAAUAAGUGUGUAUACAAGGGUAAAGCCUACAGUCCAGGACAGAAAUGGCAAGAUGGCUGCCAGUAUGAUUGUGUCUGUCUAGAUGAUCAAGGAAACUACAGAUGCACAGAAAAAUGCCCAGCCUACACUAAUUUGUCACCAGGAUGUCGUCUGGUUAUGGAUGCUUCAAAUCCCUGUUGUCAGAAACCAUAUUGUCCACCUACACCAACUCCAAAUCCAUUUACCAUAACUCCACCAAAACCACAGACUGUUCUACCAACAACAUACUGUCUUUACAAUGGAGUACAGUUUAAACAAGGUCAAACUUGGAAUGAUGGUUGUGAUCUGCGUUGUAUCUGUGAAAAUUCCAAGACAGGCUUCUACAGAUGUGACGACAGAUGUCCACAAUGGCCCCAGUUACCACAAGGAUGCAGUCUUCAAACAGAUCCCAAUGAUGUUUGUUGUAAGAAACCAAUUUGUGUGCCAGAUGUCAUGACACCACCGUCAACAUAUGUACCAACUGUAGCUCCAACAUUAUUUCCAAACCAACCAACACCAUCACCACAACCUACACAACCACCAACACCAUAUACAUUUACACUACCUCAGCCAGUCAGAACAGGAUACUCAGAUAAUUGUAUGUACAAGGGAGUCGCUCAUACUCAGGGACAGAAAUGGGACGAUGGAUGUUCACUGGCGUGUGAAUGUCUGGAUCAAAAGACAGGAAGAUAUCGCUGUCAGAGCAAGUGUCAAGAUUACUCCAACUUUCCUAGACCGUCUUACUGUAAUUUGGUCGCUGAUCCACGUAAUCCAUGUUGUAAAGUAGUACAGUGUAAUCCAACAGCUCAGCCAAGCAUAUCACCAAGACCAGGAACAACAUUACCUACAGUAUCUCCUGGUGUCAACCCAUCACAAUCAUCAACACCAAACCCACCACUCUUUUCACCUACCCCAUCUCCACAGCAAAAUAUAUGUGUAUAUAAGGGUGUGCCAUACACACAAGGACAACAAUGGUACGAUGGCUGUGACAAAGUAUGUACUUGUGAGAAUGGUAUGACAGGUUAUAUACGAUGUCGGCAGAGAUGUACAACUUACGACAGUAUUGCUGCAGGAUGUACAAUGGUACCAGAUCCUAAAGAUCCAGUCUGUUGUCAGAUCCCAUCCUGCAUACCUCAGGUCCAAACAGUUGGACCCUCCGGAUCAACAAUAUUUUUCACUGGACCAACAGGUAAAGUGACAGGCUUUGGUACUGUUACUCCACAACCAACAACAAGGAGACCAACACCAGGAAAUGGACCAACUGUAUCACCACCAUACAAUGUUACUCCUACUCCUAAACCAAAACCAAAUUACUGUGUUUACAAUGGUGUUCAGUACAAGACUGGACAGAAAUGGCAAGAUGGCUGUAAAUACAACUGUGUGUGUGAAAAUGGUAUGACUGGAUUUUACUCAUGCAAAGAAAGAUGUCCAUCUUUCCCAGCAGCUUUGCCGCCAACCUGCUCAUUGACACAAGAUCCUAGCGAUUUCUGUUGUAAAACUGUUGUGUGUGGCCAGAAGACAACACCAUCUGUUCCCUUCAUCCCACCAACCUUAGUACCAACAUACAAUCCACUAGAACCAAAGACAACACCUCAGCCAUAUACAACAAAAUAUCCUGGACAAAAAAUAACCUUUACACCUGCACCAACACCACCAGCUUUCUGCGUAUACUAUGGUGUUCCAUACAAACAGGGACAGACAUGGGACCAGGGAUGUGAGAAGAGAUGUCGAUGUGACGAUGCUACAAAUAAUUAUUACACAUGUUUUGACAGAUGUCCAACAUUCCCCAACCUUCCUCCAGGCUGUUCUAAAACAACUGAUCCAAAUGAUGUCUGCUGUCAGAUUCCAGUUUGCCCAACUGCAGCACCAACACCACAGCCAACUCCUUAUACAGGAGUUCCAACUCCUUCUCCAAGCCCAACACCUUACCAUGGUCCUCCAACACCAGAACCAACACCUUACCAAGGUCCUGCCACACCAAAACCAACACCAUAUACAGGAACACCAACUAUGUCACCAAACCCAACAACUUCCAGAUAUCCAGUACCAACAUUACCAAACGGUGUCAUCCAAGGUGGUCGACCAACUCCAAAUCCAUACAGCCAAUAUACUCCAGCACCAUCUAAAUACUGUGAAUACAAAGGAGUGCGGUAUUCCACUGAACAGAGAUGGCGGGAUGGCUGUGAUUACAACUGUGUUUGUGUUGAUGGAAUGUCUGGUCUUUAUCAGUGUACUCAAAGAUGUCCAAAAUUCCCACAACUACCAGCAGGCUGCACCAUGGUAACUGACCAGAACGAUCCAUGUUGUCGGGUACCAGAUUGUCCAAAAACACCUGCUCCAACAUAUGUUCCAAUACCUGGUGGUAACUCUAAUCCUUCACCAACAGGGGGAGUAACUCCAACACCACAGACUUAUCCAUUCCUGCCAAAUCCUAAAGAAGUAUGUGUAUACCAGGGUAAAACAUACACACAAGGACAGACAUGGUAUGAUGGCUGUGACAUGAAAUGUGUUUGUGUCAAUCAAAAAACAGGUGUAUACAGUUGCUCUCAGAGAUGUCCACAGUAUGAUCAGAAUCCUAACUGCAUUUUGAUUCCUGAUCCCUCAGAUCCACAGUGUUGCAAAAAACCACAAUGUCCAUCCCAGAACACAAACCCACCUGUAAUUGUUGGAACAAAUCCACCUGUAUACAUAAGUUUUGGCCCAGGUGGUUCAUUUACAGGUGGAACCAGACCAACAGCCACACCUCCUCCUAAAGUGUGUAUUUACAAUGGUAAAUCUUACACACAAGGACAAAGAUGGCAGGAUGGCUGUAAAUACACAUGUGAAUGUGUUAAUGCAGAUAUAGGAAUGCAUAAAUGUAUUCAGAGAUGUGCUGAUUUGAGCAAGAUCCCACCAACGUGUACUCUGAAGUAUAAUCCUCAGGACCCAUGUUGUCCAUUACCAAACUGCCCUCAGAUAUAUGUAACACCCAUUCCUGGAACCAACAGAACCAUCCAACCACCAACAUACAAUCCUAACAUGCCACAGCCUAAAUAUUGUGUAUAUAAUGGUAUACCAUAUACACAAGGACAAACAUUCAAUGUCGGUUGUGAAAAGAAAUGUCGCUGUGAUGAUGCUUCUAUGGGUCUGAUUAACUGUGAUGACAGAUGCCCUACUUAUCCAGCACUACAAGAUGGUUGUCAGCUUUUGACUGAUCCAAAUGACCAGUGUUGCCAGGCUCCAUUAUGUGUUGGCAAAAACCCCAAUAAUCCAUACCAAGUUAUUACAGCUCCUACGGGAUCAUUUACUGGAGGCAAUAAACCACCAGUCGGACCAAAUGGUCAAGUUCCACAGACAUCAAAUGGAAAGGCAUGUGUCUACAAUGGACAGUCAUACAGACAAGGACAAAAAUGGAAAGACAGCUGUUUAUUUGAAUGUGAAUGUUUUGAUGAAUCGACUGGACGUUACAGAUGUUCUGAAAUAUGUCCAAAAUUCCCACAAGUUCCUUCUUACUGUACCCUUGUACAAGAUCCAAAAAAUACUUGCUGCCAGACAGUUUACUGUCCAGUACAACCAACUCCAGGUCCAAGUCAACAACCACCAAGUCCAGGAACAUAUAUUACCCCAAAACCAACACCAAUCUGUUUGUACAAUGGCGUAGCAUACAGACAGGGACAACAAUGGUAUGACGGAUGUGAUUUGGUCUGCAGAUGUGAAGAUGCAAUGGCAGGAUUCUAUCGUUGUCAACAAAGAUGUAAGAGUUACAGCAAUACACCUUCAUAUUGUACUUUGGUGCCUGAUCCAAAAGACCCUCAAUGUUGUACAGUUCCACAAUGCCAACUGAUACCAGAUAAUGCCACACCUACUCCUGGAAUCUUCACUCCCCCAGUACCAGUCUAUGGGUCAUUUACUGGCAGUGCUCCAAACCCAACACCGCAACCCACUCCAGCACCAACCAUGAGACUACCUAAUGGACAGAUUGUCACAGUAACUCCUCGACCAGGACUGCCGACACAACCAGCACCAACUCCUCAGCCAGGUUGUUUCUACAAAAAUAAAUCCUACAAACAGGGACAUACUUGGGAUGAUGGCUGCCAAUACAGAUGUGAAUGUGUUAAUGAGAUGAUUGGACAAUACAAAUGUACUGAAAGAUGCCAGACUUAUCCUAACCUACCACAAUUCUGUACAUUGAUUCAGAAUCCCAAGGACAGCUGUUGUCCAGUGCCUUACUGUGACAAAGUUAACCCAACUCCAUCUCUACCAGCAACCUAUCAACCAUAUCUCCCAAGUACAAACAAUCCAUUGUUUGUGAACCCAGAAACCAAUCCUCCAAAGACAGGCCAGAAUACUCCAUCACCAUUUGGAAAGUCUGGAUAUUGUGUAUACCAAGGAGUAUACUACAGGCAAGGACAGACUUGGAAUGAUGGCUGUGAAAAACGUUGUAGAUGUGAUGAUGUAACCACAGGCCUCUACAGCUGUACACAGAGAUGUCCAGUAUUCAACAAUAUACCCUCAUCAUGCACUUUGGUUGCUGACAAAAGUGAUCCAUGCUGUACCGUACCUCAAUGUAAUCUUUUCCCAAGCACUGCAGUAUACACCGGAACAGGCACACCACCAACAACUGCCAGACCAAACAUCAUUGUACCUACUCCAAUUCAGGGUGCUAUUACUGGUCAAGGAACUAUUGCUCCUAACAAUCCCCUUGUGCCUAACUACAACCAGUUUGCUGGAAAUGGAACAGGUUAUUGUGCGUACAAGAGUAAGACCUACACUCAGGGACAGAGAUGGGACGAUGGAUGUAAUUAUAGAUGUCAGUGUAUUGAUGCCCUUAGAGGUCGUUACAAGUGUGAUUACAGAUGUCCACAAUACUACAAUCUGCCUGCUUAUUGUACCUACCAACAGGAUCCAAAUGAUGCAUGCUGUCGUAAACCCAGAUGUGAUCCAAGUCAAACUGUAACACCAUAUCCAACUACAAAUGGACCUUCAAUUACUCAAGGACCAAUAACACCAAAACCAUUUAAUAUGUGUGUCUACAAGGACAGGACCACACAUGCACAAGGAUCAAGCUGGGAUGAUGGUUGUAACCUCCACUGUACAUGUGAAAAUGCUACCAUGAACAUCUACCAAUGUCAAGCCAAAUGUAAAUUGUUCCAGUCGUUACCAGCUCAAUGUAGUUUGGUAACAGAUCCCAGUGAUGGAUGUUGUAAGAUUCCAAGAUGUGUCGCCACGGGAACCAACAUUCCAUUGAACCCAAUCUACAACACAUUCAAUGGGUCAUCUAAUGUAAAACCAAAACCAGGCCAACUGAACCUUGUUCCAGUGGGACAAUACGGUGUGAUAUCUGGCACUAACUGGCAAAGACCAAACGGAACUACUUAUACUGGAGUUGGAGGAGGAGGAUUUGGAGCCUGUGUAUACAAGAAUAAGGUGUAUAAUCAAGGACAGUCCUGGGAUGAUGGAUGUGAUUACGUCUGUACCUGUGAAGAUGCAACUAAUGGACAGUAUAGAUGUGUAGCAAAAUGUCCUCAGCUUCCUGAUUCACUGCCUAGCUACUGUACCAAAAUAUCAAUCCCGGGUCAAUGUUGUGCUAAGCUUAAAUGUGAUAUCCCAGGGGUAUCAUAUAAACCACCAGGUGAAGUCAUUGCUACAUCAGCCCCCUUCAUUAAGGUCACAGGUACACCAAGUGGUAUAAUUAAUGUAGGAACACCUAAACCAACUGAUGCUCCAACUUUACCAGGAGGAGGCUUCCCAAUCCUCCCUCAACAGUUUUCGGAAAUCAGAAGUCAAUGUGUAUUCCAUCGUAAAGCUGCUAAUGGUCAACCAGAAAAAUAUCUGGUGUACAACCAAGGAGAAAAAUGGAAUGAUGGGUGUGAUUUCAGCUGUCAGUGUAUGGAUGGAAAAACCGGAUAUUAUUACUGUGACCCACUAUGUCCUGUUUACAACAACUUACCUUCCAACAAAUGUUACCUUCUGAAGGUCGCAGGAAAAUGUUGCAACGAGCCAAGAUGUCAGUUGGAGAAUGGUCAAACGGUUAAUCCACUAAAAGAACAGACAAAAUAUACCAUCAUUGGGAAACUGCCCAAUGGUUACACAGGCUUUGGACCAAACUAUAAUUUCUCUACAACAUUAGUUGGUGGAGGAAGUUAUCAAAAUUCAUCAAACACUACUCCGAGAAAUGUGUGCAUAUACAAAGGAAAAAUUUACAAACAAGGUCAGCAAUGGAGUGACGGAUGCGACUUUGAUUGCAGUUGUGACAAUGCACAAAAAGGUGCUUUCAGUUGCACUCCUAGGUGCCCAACCUAUACAUCUCUACCAUCAUUUUGCAAACUGGUAAAAUUAGAAAACGAAUGCUGUAGCCGACCUAAAUGUAAUCAAAUGAACGGCACACCUGGACCCAUAAUUACAACCACCACUUUACCUACACGUCCAACAUGUGCAUGGUGCAAGGAUACACUAGAUAAUUGUAAAGCUUAUGGACAAGCAGCUUGUCAAGCUCCAUAUAUUCCAUGGGCCAAACGUAACUGUGCUCACCAUUGUAACUUCUGUGACUGUUCAAGCAGUCCAACAUUUACAAGUCCAGUAAUCACAACUGUUGCAUGUGAUGAUCCUAAAUGUGUUGACAAGUUAGAUAACUGUGAUGACUUUGGAGAUGAUGCAUGUACUGGUAUAUUCCACAGUUGGGCACUGGAUAAUUGUCCCAGACACUGUGGAUUAUGUUGUGAAUUACAAACAACUGUACAAAGUGGAUGUAGAGACAUACAGCCUCAGAUUUGUGGGUCUCAGAGAGAUAUCAUAUGUGGAAACGAAGCAUACAAAUCAUGGGCUACAGUCAAUUGUGAGAAGACAUGUGGACUUGGAGGAACUUGCACAGAUCAAUUUACAACAUCAAAACCAAGAUCUUGCUCAUUUAAUGGUAUAACUUAUACAAAUGGAGAAACAUGGAAGGAUGGCUGUGACAAGAACUGUACCUGUAAUAAUGGUAUCUACAAUUGUGUUAAUGUAUGCCCUGUAUAUGAAAACAUUCCAUCAAACUGGCAGUUAGUGAAAAAACCAGGAGAGUGCUGUGCUAUUGUUAAUAUAAUUUUAGAAAAUGUUUGCCAUUAUGGUGGAAAGGUCUACCAUCAAAAUGAGACCUGGUCUGAUGGCUGUAAAUUUAGCUGUACUUGUACCAAAGCCACAGAUGGAAUCUAUCAAUGUAAAGAAAAGUGUCCUAUAUGGAAGUUGCCUGAUGUCUGUACAUGGGAUGAACCUAAACCAGGAAAAUGUUGUAGACAGCCAAAAUGUCCACCACCAUAUGUCAUUAGUGGAUAUCCAGAUGAAUAAAUAAAAUAUUUUUUUGCUUCAAUAAUUAAUAAAUAAUAAAAUAAUUUAAAAUUGAA